AGAACAUAUGGGCAGGCACGCAGAGCAAACAUUGACGAGGGAAGAACGGUCCCUCAGCUGCCAGAGAAAUCGGUGGACACCGUUUUUCACUAUUAUAUGCCUUCUGCGUGUACCAUCUUCAUCUCCAUUUUCUUCAACCCCACACUUGCAUGACCUGUGCUGUCUAGGCUAGAAGGCGUCGACUCCCUGUUCUGUUGUGUGUCCCUUGUCACAAUGUCCAAUGUGCCUUCAUCUAGAUAUGCUGCUGCAAUAUCAGCCCUUUCCCUCAGUUUACCUGCUGUUAACCCCAACCCACCGCUUACCCCCAAAUCAUCCCUUACCCACAAAUCCCUGACCCCUAAACCACUAGUUGACCCUACCCCCAAACCACCCCUUACCAUCAAACUAUCAUCAUAUCCCCCUUCACCUGAGAUUUUUGGAUCAGAUGAUGAGGAACAGGAGAAUCCAUCUGAUUACUGUAUAGGUGGCUACUACCCGGUGGAAAUUGGAGCAAUAUUCAUUGACCGUUACCAGGUGGUGAAGAAGUUGGGAUGGGGCCACUUCUCCACUGUGUGGCUAGGCUGGGACAUUGAGAAGAGGCGUUUUGUGGCUCUGAAGGUGGUAAAGAGUGGUCCAACCUUCACAGAGACUGGUUUGGAUGAGAUCAAGCUUCUGAAAUGUGUAAGGGACAGUGACCCAUCUGACCCUAAACGAGACACUGUUGUGCAACUUAUCGAUGACUUCAAGGUCUCCGGAGUCAAUGGGGAGCAUGUAUGCAUGGUUCUUGAAGUGCUGGGUCACCAACUGCUGAAGUGGAUCAUCAAAUCAAACUACACUGGCCUUCCCCUGCCCUGCGUUAAGAGCAUCCUCAGACAGGUUUUCCAGGGCUUAGAUUACUUGCACACUAAAUGCAAGAUUAUCCACACAGACAUCAAGCCAGAGAACAUCCUUUUGAGAGUGGAUGAUGUUUACGUCCAGGAGUUGGCAGCCGACACCAACCUACAGGAGCUGCCAGUUUCUCCUGCUCCCACAAGCUGUUCAGAAAAUACCAGUCUAAGAGAGAAGCAGAUUGUGUCAAACUUUUUGGGGAAGUUGACUGUGGCUUUCCAGACUCUUGGGGUUUGGGUUUCCAGGAUCCCGAGGGCCAGGUUGUCGAGAAAGGAGAACAAACAUCAACAGCCGCAACAGGGCGAGGACACUUUAGUUGACCGUCAGAAGAGGGCAAAACCUCAUGUGUCAUUCUCCAAUAUCACCACUCCCUGUAGCACUCCCAGUUCCACCUCUCCCCCUAAGCCUUCAGGUCCUGUGCGUACUACAUGGAUACGGAACCUGCUGCAUGAAGAAGCAAUGGGCUCUGACAGCAAGGAGUCAGUCUCGUCACCGAUAGAAGAUGCACCAUCAUUGACUACAAUGUCUCACUGCUCUAGACAAUCUACAGUGUUGCAUCCUUCUACCCAGAGAGACAACCAGCCCUCACCACCAUCACAUGGGUUCAGUGAAACAGAUAUGUUGGUGAAUCUUCUGAAGCCACAGAAUGCUGAUGAAAUCAGCAUCAAGAUUGCAGAUCUGGGCAACGCCUGCUGGGAGUACAAACACUUCACAGAGGACAUCCAGACCUGUCAGUACCGUUCUGUGGAGGUCCUGAUUGGGGCUGGCUAUGGCACUCCUGCAGACAUCUGGAGCACAGCCUGCAUGGCAUUUGAGCUGGCCACUGGGGAAUAUCUGUUUGAACCCCAUUCAGGGGACAACUUCUCUCGAGAGGAAGAUCACAUUGCUCACAUAAUUGAGUUGCUGGGACCCCUUCCAUCCCAGUUUGCCCUCUCAGGGAGAAACUCCAGGCGAUAUUUCAAUCACAAAGGGCAUCUGAGGCGCAUCUCAAGGCUGAAGCCGUGGAGUUUGUGUGAGAUCCUGCUGGAUAAAUACGAGUGGCCACGGGAGCAGGCAGUCCAGUUCAGUGCCUUCCUCCUCACCAUGCUGGAGCCCCUCCCAGAGAAGAGAGCCACCGCUGCCCAGUGUCUAAAACAUCCCUGGAUCUCCUCAUAGACAUCAUACUGUUACCUAGUGUCUGAACCCCUCUGGAUCCCCUCAUGGACACAGAGUCGCCAUCACUGCCCAGUGUCUGAACCACCCUGGAUUACAUCACAGACACAGCCGUCUCACCGAGGCCACAGAGGUUACAGAGGUGAAGUCCCAUAAUAUGAUGAUGAUUUCAAGGGCAAUUCCACCCAUUUUAAACCUCAUGUCAUUAUCUCAAGCACAAUGCCAGUGUCUAAAUAUGAAAUUAGCGUAUUUCUACUUUUUGUAGAACAAAAUAUAAAUUUAAAAAGUUAAACGCGAUGACAUCAUCAGAAGUUGAAACAUAAAAAAAGAAAAAGUGAUUUUCUAACACUGUGAGAUACGCGGCAACGUGUAGCAAGAAAAUACCCUCCCUCUGACUAGAAACUUGUUGCAGGUUUAGAAAAUCCGUUUCUCUUACUUUUAAUCCUACCCUGUGAUGUCACAGAGAAGUCUUUUUUAGGACCUUAUCUGUUUAACCACAGAUCAUAGAAACGUGCUGUUUUCACAUACCGUAUGUAGACAUUGGCUUGGUGCUGGUGAUAAUUAUGAGGUUGAAAAGUGGCAGAAUUGCCUUUAAAGUGGGGGAGGGGGUUUUGUGGGUCACGUAUGAAAUUCAGCAAGUGUUAUUUUUUUCAGCUGAUUUUCAUCAUGUGCUAUUUUUCUGUUUGCUCUGCGAGAGCAAUCAAUUAUCUAUAUUUUGUCGGGUGAUUUGAAGCGUUUGAUGUGGAGAAAAUAACUUUUGAUAUGGCGAGAUGACAUGAGAAACAAAUCCAGUUUAUGUAAAACUGUCACUGUUUAAUUUUACAGCUCUCUUUAGAUAUUCAUUUGAUAUUCCAGAUUAUUUCUGAUGUGAUGGCCUGUGUUCAGAUUAUUCAAAUUGGAGCACAUCAAUGACCAAAAUCAUAAAGAAGGCAAGACUUACUGGAAUACUGCCUUUUCAAAAGGACACUGGGAACAUUACUUUUGUUGUUGUCUUUCAUUGAAUAAAUGCUAUUUGUUUAUACAAGGC